ACAUAUUUUUUUGCUUGGAUUGGUUAAAUAUUUAAAGGAAAAAAAGUUGGUUGGAGAGUGUCGAGAGAGUUUGGUUUUAUACAGUACGUAAAAACAAGUUGGUGUUUAAACUUUUCAUACAUGCAUGGGAAUGUCAUUGAAUAAAAUAUCUCAAUUAAAAUAUCUUCUUGUACACCAAUUAAGUUACAUAUCUAAGAAAAUCAAAAAAGGAAAAAGUUACAAAUCCAAAGCACGAGAAGAUAUUUAUUAUCGAAAGCCUAAUAGUUAGGGUAGAUAUUUUGCUAGUUAGAUAUUGGACUAUGUUUGCUCAAAAAAAAAAAAAAAAAAAAAAAAAGGAUAUUGGACUAUGUAAUCUAAUUAGAGAUGAGAGAUGUAGUUGCAGGCUGUAUUCUGAUAGAGACUAGUCAAGUUCAUGAAUUCAUAUUAGUUAAGAAAAGGAAAGCGGUGCGAUUGUGAUUGAUUUGAUUAUUAAUUACUAUUUGAUCGUUUUCUCUGGAAGUUUUCAACAAGACACUCGUGCACACGGUCCCAUAUUUAGUAUUAUGAUCCAACCACCAUCUUCUCUUAUAUCAUGAGAUCAAUCAUUUUCUGUUCAAUUAUUUUCGGUGUUUAGAUGAUGCUAAAUCUUCAUUUGAUCACACAAAUAUGAGAGAAAGAUAUGCUCACUAAUUAAGUAAUUAGAACCAUUCAUAUCCAUGCAUGACGGUGUUUAAUUAUCAAUACCCAAAUUAAAGUUGAGGAAGGGCUUGACAAAAUAUCUUUGUUUUGAUUCUUCUUUGCCUAAUUUAAGAUCUAAUUAAGUGGGUACGUACAUCAAAUUAUUGUUUGCUUCAAGAAAGGAUUAAGAAAACAAAAACAUGAUAUUUGCUAGCAGCAAAUUAGGUACAUAUUGAGCGAACUCUAAUGACAUAUGUCGAGAUCAUAAUUAAGUGAGAGGAGGCAUAAAAAAGAACAUGAUGAAGUGGUGGGCUUUGAUGGAACAAAGAACAUUAUCCCCUUCACGUGGCUUUUACUUUCACAACCCAAAAAAUCCUAUUUCAUUUGACCUCUCUCUAGCUAGCUCCCUCUAUAUUCUUACCAAAAAAAAGCUACCUCCCUCUAUAUAUAUUCAUAUUCAACUUCACCUUUAGCUAAAGCUCUCUCUCCAUCUAAACAAACUCUCAUCAUCAAUGGCUGCUUCUUAUCACAUCCGGUCUUGUAGCUUACCAGCUCGGUUACACCCACAUGGUCUCAACCAGAUUCAGCAAGUCCUGAAUCAGCUUCCUGCAGAUGAUAACAAUAGUCUAUUGCUUCUCUCACAUCUAUACGACUCUGUCUCUCAUCUCUUCAACGACUCACCUUCUUCACUACUACUACCUCAUCACUCUUUCUUCACCCACCUUCUUGAUCUCUCUCUUGUACACCUUGACUUGUGCUCCAAGCUUAGAGACAUCACUUGCCGCAUCAAGGACUGCCUCCGCGACCUCCGUUCUGCUUUCAGACGGAGGAGACACAGUGGAGAUUCUACCAUACGCUGUCACGUCAAAGCCUUUAUCCGCUCUAGGAAAGCGGUUCAUAAGGACAUUGCUAAGCUACUCUUGUUGCUCAAACAAACCGGCCUUUCCUCCUCCGAGUCCACUCAUCCCUUGAUCACACUGCUCCAACAAGUUUGUUCCCAAACAUGUCAUUCCUUUAGGACAGUCUUGUUGUCCCUAUCCACAGCUGUUCCCAAGCCUAGGCCUUCCAAAUGGGCCUUGGUCACCAAACUGGUGAUCAAGAACGUUACUAGUACAAGUGGUCAAGUUCGGACUGGACACAGAAACGAAUUCCAUAUGAUGGACGAAGAACUGCGAAGAUUCAGCAUGGCAGAAGAGAUAAAAAAGGAUCGCAUCAAGUCUAUGAUCACCAACUUGGAUCACGUAGAUGUAGCUGUUGAAGAUCUGGAGGAGUCGCUCGAAAGAUUGUACAGGCGUAUGAUCCAAGCUAGAGUUUCUCUAUUGAACAUACUCUCUUUGCAUAUAUAAUUAACUCAUUAAUUAUUCCAUGUAUGUAUACAACAUCAUCCAAAUUUUAGAGGAAACAUGUUACCUUCAUAGAUUUUGGACACUGAAACAAUGGAGGUAAUUUUGUAUAAAACUAUAAAUGAAAACUUAGCAGCAGCGACAUUUCAACA